AUGACCCUGAGAGAGGGAGCAGUGUUACCGCUAUGCGAUACUGUUGCGUUUAUCAGUUUGAAAGUGACUAAAAUUUCAAUAUUUUUCAUUUAAUUAUCUAUGAAACUACGUGGAGGAAAAACUUGAUAUAUUUUUUUUAAAAUUUUAAUUUUCAAGCUAUGCACUGUUCAUGAACUACAUGUUAAAUUAUUCAACUUUAACAUUAAUUAUCUCCGCAACGGUUUUAAAAAUGUUUGUCGCUUCUCCUACGUGGUAUACUCAAAUUCUUAACUCAAAAAUUACUGAAGGUUUUUCCUCUUGUCAUGCGGAUGAGGAAGCGGACGGUGUUUAGUAUAUAUAGCAGUAUACAUUUUCCAUAUUUCUCCUUCAUUGUUUACGAAAUCAUCGAAGACAUCAUGAAGAACUUCUUUCGGGAUCUUUUCCUUACAAUCGACUUUUUAGUUCACUUUUGUGAAGGAAGUUCAUCAACUUUCAGAAGGGGAUCACAGCCAUUACGGUCGUAUGAACAAGGUCAUCUAUUAAUCCCUUAUAGAGGCGGUACGGUUGUGGCGAUUCGCAAGAAAUUCGGUCCUAAUUUUCUUCCGGAUAGAUGUACCAUUCUAGAAAACUCGUAUGAGUAUACACCUCGUGGUAUUCCGACUCUCGAAAAUAAAGGAGAUGAAAGAUUUGCAACUUAUCCUCUUUAUGAAAAAGGCAUAAAAUAUUGUGUGGUAUAUGUGACUGAAGCUGGAGAAGUUUUGGGAGCCAAGGCUCCACCAACUGAUCAGGAGGCGUCAGUUGCCGAAUUUCGAGGUGAUCCAAGCCAUCUUAAUCCUAACUCAACAACAUAUUAUAUCACUCAUAGCGGUUUCCACUUCGCGGUGAAUCAUCUUGCUGAUCAAGCAUUCGUACCGACGGCGGUGACGCAUUUCCCUGACAAUCGAGAACAGUUCUCCUACACUUACGUUAGGACAUUUUUGGUUAAACCCAAGAAAAUUCAGUUUACUAUCUUACGCUUUUUUGGGAUAUGUAGAACUAGAGAUACACAUAAUCCUGGUGAAAGAUUAGUAUGUGUAUCAGCUAAUCUUUUUUACCAGCACAUUCCUUUGGUGAUCAUAAACAACCUCUCUGAAGCUGAGAGGAUGGAUCUGACUAAUUUCAAGCCGCCCGGAAAUGAAUGAAGAUAAGCAAUUCAAAUCUAUAUAAAUUGCGGAAAAGUUUUGGGAUGUAAAUUCCUAAAUAAAAUCAUGAUUAACCAAA